UCGUCCUCAUCCGACGCACACCGGCAGCCGGGCUCCUCUUUCCACGGCAGGCUUCGUCUGUGGCAGCAAGUUUCCCCCUCUCGACGCUCUCCUUUUUUGCUCUCAGACCCCCUGAACUUCCUCUUCGUGGGCCUGUCCAACAGAACCGCCGACCUUGACAGUGCGCAACGGGGAAGCAACUUUAGGAGAGUGUGUGCACCGUGGAUCUGGCGUUUCUCUUCAAAAGAAAGGAAUAGGAGGAAUUGUGUCCGUGGAAGGUUUGGAAAGCUUAAGUUUUAUGUUUUAAGGGGCAAAAAAAAAAAAAAAAAAAACUCGAAGAGAUCACAUCAAGCAAAGAAGCGUGGAUGAAAAGUAUCGCCGAGUAUGUGGUGCAGGUUCUUCCUUCACAGGUGCACAGACGUGGACUGUAAUUUGGACUGAACCUAACGGAUUCCCAUUCAUUUGGAGAACAAGAAAACAACUCAUUUCCACCCACAGCUCGUGGAAUUGGAGAGAAUUUACAACAGAGGCUCCGAUUUUAACCCAAUUCCCCCUUGGGGCUGCAGCGGCACCGUCCUCGGUUCUGCUUUGCGCACGCAGGUCCGCGCACUUUGCCCGGCUCGAGUGGCCGCAGGUCCCCCACCCCCCAAACCCUAAACACCCCCAGACUCGAAUAAACCGCACCAAGGACUGUCGCUGUAUCAUGUUUCGACCACACCGGGCACUUGUUGUCCAGUUCUCCCGGUUUGGGACCAUGUUGGAAGGCUCCUGGAGCGGAUCGAUGUGGCGCGCCACAUGGAUUUUAUUUUUCUCCACACUCAUCCACUCCACACCGGCUCAAGACGACGUGCCUCCCUACUUUAAGACAGAGCCGGUUCGCAGUCAGCUCCACCUGGAACGCAACAGGCUGGUGUUGACCUGCAUGGCCGAGGGGAGCUGGCCUUUGGAGUUCAAAUGGAUCCACAACACUACAGAACUGACCCGCUUUUCUCUGGAGUACAGGUACCUAAUCCCUUCUUUGGACCGCUCCCAUGCCGGCUUCUACCGCUGCAUCGUCAGGAAUCGUGUGGGAGCCCUUCUACAGAGGCGUACAGAAGUACAAGUGGCCUUUAUGGGCAGUUUUGAAGAGGGCGAACGGAUCCAGUCAGUCUCUCAGGGUGAGGGUGCGGUUAUCCCAGCGCCACGCAUUCGCAGCUUCCCGCAGCCACAAGUCACUUGGUUUCGAGAUGGCCGCAAGAUUCCACCCAGCAGUCGAAUUGCCAUCACUUUGGACAACACGCUGGUAAUCCUAUCCACGGUGGCUCCAGAUGCCGGACGCUACUAUGUUCAAGCCGUUAACGACAAGAACGGAGAGAACAAGACUAGCCAACCCAUCACAUUAUCUGUGGAAAAUGUGGGAGGUCCAGCAGACCCCAUCGCUCCCACUAUCAUCAUCCCCCCCAGGAACACCAGUGUGGUCACGGGUACCUCGGAGGUCACGAUGGAGUGUGUCGCUAAUGCUAGGCCUCUGAUCAAACUCAGUAUCUCAUGGCGUAAGAACGGCGUGUUGGUGAACAGCGGCUUGAGCGACUUCAACCGCAGACUGACCAUCCUCAGUCCCGUGGUGAGCGACGCCGGCUACUACGAGUGCGAGGCCAUUCUACGCAGCAGCAGCGUGCCUUCAGUCAGCGCCGGGGCGUAUCUGCACGUGCUCGAACCACCUCAGUUUGUGAAGGAACCAGAAAAACACAUCACAGCCGAGAUGGAGAAGGUGGUUGAUAUCCCCUGUCAGGCCAGAGGCGUUCCUCAGCCGGACAUCGUGUGGUACAAGGACGCGUUACCCAUCGACCCCGUGAAGACGCCCAGGUACAGGGUGUUGGUGGGCGGCAGCCUGCAGGUCAACGGCCUCCUGCCCGACGACACCGGAAUGUUCCAGUGCUUCGCCAGGAAUCUCGCCGGCGAAGUCCAGACCAACACGUAUCUGGCAGUUACCAGCAUUGCCCCAAAUAUCACGGCCGGACCCUCCGACAGCACCGUGAUCGACGGCAUGUCAGUCAUCCUGCACUGCGAGACCUCUGGCGCUCCAAGACCGGCGAUCACCUGGCAGAAAGGUGAGCGGGUGUUGGCCAGUGGUUCGGUCCAGCUGCCCAGGUUCACCCUGCUGGAGUCGGGCAGCCUGCUCAUCUCCCCCUCCCAUAUCUCAGAUGCAGGAACCUACACCUGCAUGGCCAGCAACUCCCGGGGCAUCGACGAGGCGUCUGCUGACCUCGUGGUGUGGGCUCGCACUAGGAUUACCACCCCACCGCAAGACCAAAGUGUCAUCAAAGGAACCAAGGCCAUCCUGACCUGUGGAGUCACACAUGACCCCAGCGUAACAGUCAGGCACGUCUGGGAAAAGGAAGGCACGAUGAUAAACGUUCAGUCCAUCCCUCGUAUGAGACUGGAUGCAGAUGGCACCCUUCACAUCUCCCAGACCUGGUCAGGUGACAUAGGCACGUACACCUGCAGAGUCACCUCCGUCGGCGGCAACGACUCCCGUAGUGCACACCUUCGAGUCAGGCAGCUGCCCCAUGCCCCGGAGAACCCAACCGCCAUACUGAGCACAUCUGAAAAAAGAGCCAUCGACCUGGCCUGGGCCAAGCCUUUCGACGGCAACAGCCCCCUCAUACGAUACAUCCUGGAGGUUUCUGAGAACAACGCUCCGUGGGCCAUCCUGCUGGCUAACAUCGAGCCAGAAUCCACAGCAGUGACGGUCAAUGGUUUGAUCCCAGCACGUUCCUAUCAGUUCCGCUUGUGUGCCGUUAAUGAUGUGGGGAAGGGACAAUUCAGCAAGGAGACAGACCGGGUCUCUCUCCCAGAGGAACCCCCCAGUGCUCCUGCUCAGAAUGUCAUCGCCAGCGGACGCACCAACCAGUCCAUCAUGAUCCAGUGGCAGCCUCCGCCUGAAAGCCAUCAGAAUGGCAUUCUCAGGGGAUACACCGUCCGGUACCGGCUCACGGGACUUCCUGUCGACUACCAAAUCAAGAACAUCACCAGCCCAGAUGUGACCAACCUCCUGCUGGAAGACCUCAUCAUCUGGACCAACUACGAGAUUGAAGUGGCCGCGUACAACGGGGCGGGGUUGGGUACUUUCAGCCAUAAGGUCACCGAGUGGACUCUACAGGGAGUGCCAACUAUCGCUCCUGGCAACGUCCAAGCCGAAGCAGUCAACUCGACGACUAUCCGUUUUACAUGGAUAGCCCCUAACCCUCAGUUCAUCAACGGCAUCAACCAGGGCUACAAGUUGCUGGCCUGGGAACGGGGGAAAGAUGAAGAAGUUACUAUGGUAACAGUGCGACCAAACUUCCAGGACAGCGUUCAUGUGGGAUAUGUGACAGGUCUGAAGAAGUUCACUGAGUAUUACACCUCUGUGCUGUGUUUCACUACUCCUGGAGACGGCCCCCGCAGCCCGCCCAGAGCAUUAAGGACACAUGAGGACACCCCUGGCGCCGUUGGACACCUUAGUUUCACGGAGAUCCUGGAUACUUCGCUCAAAGUCAGCUGGAGCGAACCCGGCGAGAAAAACGGAGUCCUCACCGGCUACCGCAUAUCGUGGGAGGAGUACAACAGGACCAACACCAGAGUUACCCACUACCUGCCCAACGUGACCUUAGAGUACAGGGUCACGGGGCUCACCGCUCUCACCACCUACACCAUCGAAGUGGCGGGUAUGACCUCCAAAGGUCAAGGCCAGCUGUCCUCGUCCACCAUCUCCUCAGGCGUCCCACCAGAGCUUCCUGGUCCUCCUACAAACAUAGCGAUCUCCAACAUCGGCCCACGCUCUGUCACCCUGCAGUUCAAGCCUGGAUACGACGGCAAGACUUCCAUUUCACGCUGGCAGGUGGAGGCCCAGGUGGGUGUGAUAGGAGAAAAUGACGACUGGGUGAUGGUCCACCAGGUGUCCAAUGAACCCGAGGCUCGAUCCUUAGAAGUACCGGGUCUGAACCCCUUCACCUUCUACAGGUUCCGUAUGCGGCAGGUGAAUAUAGUCGGUACCAGUCCUCCGAGCCAGCCCUCCAGAAAGAUCCAGACCCUGCCGGCUCCUCCGGACAUGGCCCCGGCAAACAUCACCCUGCGCACAGCCAGCGAAACCAGCCUCUGGUUACGAUGGAUGCCUUUACCAGAGUGGGAGUACAACGCAAAUCCAGAUCUGGUCGGGUACAGGGUACAGUACUCCCGUGCGGGUUCUCAGGGUCGGGCGCUGACCCACGUCAUCGCUGACCGUCUGGAGAGAGAGUUCACUAUCGAAGAUCUGGAGGAGUGGACGGAGUACGAGGUCCGAGUCCAGGCCAUCAACGGCAUCGGGACGGGACCGUGGAGUCAGCCGGUCCGAGGCAGGACCAGGGAAUCUGUCCCUUCCUGUGGACCCACCAACGUGUCUUCCUUCGCUACAACCUCCAGCAGCAUCCUGGUGCGCUGGUUUGAAGUCCCAGAACCGGACAGAAACGGACUCAUUCUAGGCUAUAAGGUCGCGUACAAAGAGAAGGACUCGGACAGUCCCGUCCACUUUUGGACAGUGGAGGGGAACGCCACCCACAGUGUACAGCUCACCGGUCUGGGGAAAUAUGUACUCUACGAGAUCCAAGUACUAGCGUUUACGCGGAUCGGAGAUGGACGGCCCAGUUCUCCGCCGAUCCUCGAGAGGACUUUGGAUGAUGUGCCGGGACCGCCAGUGGGUAUCCUGUUUCCGGAAGUGCGGACCACUUCAGUCCGGCUUAUAUGGCAGUCCCCAUCCCAGCCCAAUGGAAUUAUACUGGCCUACCAGAUCACAUACCACCUUAACUCCACCAAUAGCAACACCGCUACAGUGGACGUACUGAACCCCAGCGCUCGCCAGUACACGGUGACCAGCCUCAAGCCGGAGUCGGCCUACGUGUUCCGCAUCACGGCGCAGACGCGAAAAGGCUGGGGCGAGGCAGCCGAGGCGCUUGUGGUCACCACCGAGAAAAGAGCUCACCCCCAGCCCACCAGCCGUCCCACGGUGCCUCAGAAGGACGUCCAAGCCAGGCAGGUGUUGCUGUCGUGGGAGCCCGGCAGCGACGGCCUAUCGCCUGUGCGUUACUACACGGUGCAGCUCCGAGAACUUCCCGAAAGCAACUGGAGCGUCCAUUCGGCCUCCGUCAACCACGAGGCCACUUCAUACAUAGUAUCGAGGCUGAAGCCCUUCACAUCGUACCAGUUCAGAGUCAAAGCUACCAACGACAUCGGAGACAGCGAGUACAGCGAGGAAAGUGAAGCCAUCACAACUCUACAGGAUGCGCCUGACGAAGCACCCGCCAUUCUCUCCGUCACGCCGCACACAACAACUUCAGUGUUGAUCCGCUGGCAGCCUCCCGCUGAAGAAAAGAUAAAUGGAAUCCUCCUCGGCUUUCGGAUCAGAUACCGAGAGCUGCUGUACGACCGCCUCCGAACUUAUUCCAUUCGCAGCAUCACCGGUUCAUCUGCCUGGACUGACCUCACUGCCCCGUACAGCAUCAGAAACCUGAGUGACUCAACUAUGACUCAGUAUGAGCUGGACAAGCUAAGCAAACACAAGCGCUACGAGAUCCGAAUGAGUGUGUACAAUGCUGUGGGCGAGGGGCCAAACAGCCCACCACAAGAGGUGUUUGUGGGAGAGGCAGUUCCCACUGCACCGCCUCAAAACGUGGCCAUUCAGUCUGCAACUGCAACCCAGCUGGAUGUGACAUGGGACCCUCCCCCUGUGGACGCCCAGAACGGAGACAUUCAAGGCUAUAAGGUUUACUUUUGGGAGUUCCAGCGUAAGAAUGAGACGGAGAGACUGCGGACUCUAUUCAUGCCAGAAGGAGGGGUGAAACUGAAGAACCUCACCGGGUACACCACCUACAUGAUUAGCGUAGCCCCCUUCAAUGCUGCUGGGGAUGGACCUCGCAGCCCACCAACCAGAGGACGCACUCAACAAGCAGCUCCCAGUGCUCCCAGCUUCAUCCACUUCAGUGAACUGACCACCACCUCGGUUAACGUGUCCUGGGGCGAGCCCACCUUUCCCAACGGUAUAAUAGAGGGUUACCGUCUUAUCUACGAACCCUGCACGCCGGUGGACGAGUCUUCAGUGGCCUGUGCCGACUGUCUUCACUCCCCCUCCCCCCCAGGCGUCAGUAAGACAGUGACAGUGGACGUGAAGGGGAGCGGCCCACUCUGGUUGAAGAUCAAAGACCUGGCGGACGGAAUCACGUACAACUUCCGCAUCAGGGCCAAGACCUUCAUCUAUGGGCCCGAGGUGGAGGCCAACAUCACCACCGGUCCGGGAGAAGGAGCCCCGGGACCCCCUGGUGAGCCAUUUAUUACCCGACACGGUUCAGCCCUGACCAUCCAGUGGACCAGCGGAGACCCAGGACGCGCUCCCAUCACUCGCUAUGUCAUCGAGGCCAGACCGUCGGAUGAGGGAUUGUGGGAUAUUCUAAUCAAGGACAUCCCUAAGGAGGUGACAUCGCAUACAUUCAACAUGGAUAUACUGAAGCAGGGUGUCAGCUAUGACUUUCGGGUAAUUGGAGUGAACGAUUACGGCUACGGCUCUCCCAGUCUGCCUUCUCCGUCCAUAUCCGCCCAAAAAGUGCCACCGUUCUAUGAGGAGUGGUGGUUCCUGGUUGUGGUGGCUUUGGUCGGCCUCAUCUUCAUUCUGCUGCUGGUUUUUAUCCUCAUUAUUAGAGGACAGAGCAAGAAAUACGCCAAGAAAUCGGAAUCAGUGUCUCUGUACGUAUGUCCAGGUAACAACUCCAACUGCAACGCUCUGACCCACGGAGACAUGGUCAGCCUGGACGAGGGCCGCUUCCCCGCUCUGGAGCUCAACAACCGACGGCUGUCUGUCAAGAACUCGUUUUGUCGAAAGAACGGCGUCUACACCAGGUCUCCUCCCAGGCCCAGUCCAGGCAGUCUCCACUAUUCAGACGAGGACGUCAGCACAAAGUACAAUGAUUUAAUCCCAGCAGAGAGCAGCAGCCUGACUGAGAAGCCCUCAGAGAUCUCAGACUCACAGGAGGCGCUGGUGUUUUCAUAUGGGACAGGUGGCCUACAUACACUUCCACUGCAUUUGGGCAGCGACAGCGAAUACGAGGUGGACCCCAACCGGCAGAAGACCCACUCUUUCGUCAACCACUACAUAAGCGACCCCACUUACUAUAACUCCUGGCGCCGCCAACAGAAAGGCAUAUCCCGAGCACAGGCCUACAGCUACACCGAGUCCGAGUCGGGCGACCCGGAACACUGCGCCCCCCCGCCGCUGCCCCCCCUACCUCCGCUGCCGCCCCAGCUCAGUUCACCUAGCCCCCAGCCUCAGCAGGCCCAGGGUCAACCCCAGGGCCAGGGAAGCUUGUUCAGGCCCAAAGGCAGCCGGACUCCCACUCCUUCCCAGCAGAGCUCCAACCCUCCCAGCCAGCACAGCACCCUCUACAGGCCCCCCAGUAGCCUAGCCCCUGGUUCACGGGCCCCCAUCGCUGGUUUCUCCUCCUUUGUGUGAAAAACGCUGAAAAGGACUUAUAGAUUUCUGGAAAUACGUACCGAAAUUGGGUCAAAGGAGAACAUAACGUCAUAUAAGAAUCAAAUCAUCAACAUCUGAGUUUCUUAUCAUUAUUUUACUUUUUUCUUCUUUUUUUUUAUCUGGUUUGUUGCAGACGAACACUUUCAAGCACUAUGUGUGGAUGUAUGCCCGUGUAGACUUUGAUUUCUGCCAUCAGUUACCGAAAUAGCAACAUCUUUUCACUCUUUUAACUAUUUGCAUGGUGUUUUAUCAUCAUUCAUUUACUUCUUUUUUUUGCUUUUUUUUUUGUUGUUGAAUACAUUCAAAUCUCUCUGAUUCUGUACAAAGUCACAUGAAUCUUUGAAAACACAAGCAUAUAAAUAUAUAAAUAUAUACAGUAUAUAUAGUAGAUAUACAUAGAAGACAAAAUGAAGUCGGUGCAGUCUGAAUGCAUUGACCUGGACUGAAACAACCGUGACGGAGCCAUAUUGUGAAGCAGAACGGACAUGUUUGUUUGGACUGAAAUAUGAACACUAUGUAAAAAAAAAAAAAAAAAAAAAAAAAACCAUUUAAAAAAAAAAAAAAAAAAAGGAAGCGGAAACAUGGGUGUGGAAUUCAUGCCAAAUCGAAUACUUUGAAACAUCUUGGCCUGGGGAAACUCUUCAGCGGACAAUGGAGAAAUAAUCACGUGUUUCCGUGGAAACAGCUCUACGGCCAAGAACUUACAAAUGAAUCUAGAAGUCUGACGGUAAAAUGGCCGAAGCAGGUCAUGUGUCAGUGACUGUGCUGUGCCUGAAGGAUCCUACGGAUAUAUGAAACGAGUGUAUAUCUGUUCAAGUGAAAGUGUUUGAAGUCUUUUUGUGGGUGUGUUACAGUGGAUCAAAGAUGCCUUGAUAGAGUAACACUUAUUUAUGAUAUUCGGCACCAAUUUUGACUGGACUGCUGACGGUGUCUUUGACAGUGGCAUCCUUAACGGCUGGCCUCACGCUACGAGAGCCUUCUUUUAAUCUUGACAGAGGUAGGCUGUGAAUUAAUUUGCAUACACAACCCAUCAAAAAUGCUUUUUUUUUUUUCACCCCCUUCGCUGUGUCGCACACAUUUCACAGUGUCAUUUCUGCUGAAAUGUUUUUGAAAUCCAGCCUAGGACUGUCAAAACGUGCUCUUUCUGGAGCGGCGAGACGGCUACUCGUUCCGCUCAAAUGUUAACAGUGUGAUUUUAAUAAGAAACAAAGUGGAUUUUUUUUUUUUCUCUUUCCUGUUUCCUUUUCCUGCUGAUAUAACCGUUCGCUCACUGAUCACAAAGCAGCACUGAGUCUGCACUCUGCACCGAGAGAUGAUGUCAUCCAAAUGCCUCACCUCUUUUUCGUGUAAUCAAUCAUUCUGUACUAUUCAGGUGUGACUGUACCGUCUCAAAUGUGUGUGCGUACGUACAUGAGGAUGUGUCAUGAUUACACUUCUUGUGGUAAGCUUUACAGAUCAUUCACUGUGUGUCUGGUUUUCAAAAAAAAAAAAAGAAAAAAGAAAAAAAAAAGAAAAAAAAAAAAAAAAGGUUGUCCUGCAGUAAACUGUAAAACCUGCCUGGAGUUCCGCAGAGGUUCGGCACCGUCCCACCGCCUGUCAGGCACACUCAUAAUUGCUAUAGUGAAGACUCAGUGGUGUGUUCCUAGACUUCAUAGCUCAAAAAGAAAACAAAAAAAAAAAAAAAAAGGAAAACGAUCAUCUCUUUUUUUUCUCUCUCUCUCUCUGUGGGGUGAUUUCAUUGUACGCAACAAAAGCUUAUCAUGCUGAAUCUGAAUGAGUAUAUGAACACCGUACAUUUCUGAAAUAAAUUAUUUUUCAAUGUUA